AUUACCAACUCCCGUAGUAAAGAAGGAAAGAAAGAAAGCAGCGGGAGAUCUCUCGCAAAAGGGUGAAAGUUCCCUUCCUCUCUUCGCCUCCGAUUCUGGAAACUCCAACCUUAACCCUAAUUAAAUGGGGAAAGUGGAGAAGGUCUUCCAGGUCUUCUGCAUCGGGACCGCGGACACCAAGCUGGAGGAGCUCCGUUUCCUCUCUGAGCGUAUCCGAUCCGAUAUCACGACCUUCUCCAAGGGUUCUUCCUUCAAGGUGCAAGUUAGCGUGAUCGAUGUCUCCACUAAUAAGAAGAAAAUAACGAGUUUGGAAGACAUUUCUUUGGUGAGCACGGAGGAUGUUCUUUCUCACUAUUUGGGUAUUGAAGAGCAUUCUUCUUACAAGCUUCCAGAUGACAGAGGUGAAGCGAUUGCAACAAUGAGCAAGGCUCUUCAGUAUUUUCUAAAGAAAGCUUAUGAAGAUGGUAUCCUAGUUGGAGCUAUAGGCCUUGGUGGCAGUGGGGGAACUUCCUUGAUUGCUCCUGCAUUAAGAUCUCUUCCUCUAGGAGUGCCUAAACUCAUUGUAUCUACUGUGGCUAGUGGUCAAACUGAACCUUACAUUGGGACAUCUGAUCUCACACUGUUUCCAUCAGUUGUUGACAUCUGUGGGGUCAACAAUGUUAGUAGGGUAGUAUUGUCUAAUGCUGGAGCAGCUGCUGCUGGAAUGGUUAUUGGGAAAUUGUUGACAUCUGAUGAUCCUAGUGGAAUGACUGAGAAACCGACUGUUGGCAUAACCAUGUUUGGAGUUACAACUCCAUGUGUAAGUGCUGUGAGAGAAAGGUUAAUGAAAGAAGGGUAUGAGACACUUGUAUUUCAUGCCACUGGAGUUGGUGGCAGAGCUAUGGAAGAUCUUGUCAGAGAGGGCUUUAUACAGGGUGUCCUGGACAUCACAACAACUGAAAUUGCUGAUCAUAUUGUUGGUGGUGUCAUGGCCUGUGACAAUACACGAUUUGAUGCCGCAAUAGAGAAAAAGGUUCCUCUAGUUCUUAGUGUAGGGGCCUUAGAUAUGGUUAACUUUGGAGCAAAACAUACGAUACCUUCCAUCUUUGAACAAAGAAAGAUCCAUAUACACAACGAGCAGGUUUCUCUAAUGCGAACUACUGUGGACGAGAACAAGAAGUUUGCCAGGUUUAUAGCUGAGAAAAUGAAUAAAUCAUCAUCAAGGGUUUGUGUUUGUUUGCCACAGAAGGGUGUUUCGGCUCUUGAUGCGCCUGGGAAGUCAUUUCAUGAUCCUGAGGCCACAUCUGCUCUUAUAAAUGAAUUAGAUAAACUUGUCGAGAAAAGCGAAGAACGAAAGGUGAAGAUAUUUCCACACCAUAUUAAUGAUCCCGAAUUUGCAGACGCCUUGGUUGACUUAUUCUUGGAGAUGUAUAGCAAUUUCUCUAGAAACACAAUUCCCCGACAAAAUGUUAGUUUUGAAGAGAGGCAAAGCAUAAAUAAGGAAAGAAGUACUUCAGAUGGCCAAGCCAUUUGGCGAACUCCAAUAGACUUUCCUGAUGCAAAACCAGAAACUUUGCAGAGGACACAGACAAUACUACACCAAUUAAAGCAACAGAUAAGUAAAGGUGUGCCUAUAAUAGGGGCAGGUGCUGGGACAGGCAUAUCUGCCAAGUUUGAAGAAGCAGGUGGUGUGGAUCUGAUAGUCUUGUACAACUCUGGACGGUUUCGGAUGGCAGGAAGGGGUUCCUUAGCAGGAUUAUUGCCAUUUGCAGAUGCUAAUGCAGUUGUUCUUGACAUGGCCAAUGAAGUAUUGCCAGUGGUAAAAGGAGCGCCAGUUCUGGCUGGAGUAUGUGCUACCGAUCCAUUUCGUCAAAUGGGUCACUUUCUAAAGCAGUUGGAAGCAACUGGAUUUUCUGGCGUGCAGAAUUUUCCAACAGUUGGACUGUUUGAUGGUAACUUCCGCCAAAACCUGGAAGAGACAGGAAUGGGCUAUGGCUUGGAGGUGGAAAUGAUACACAGAGCUCAUAAAAUAGGCUUCUUGACAACUCCAUAUGCUUUCAAUCAAGAUGAAGCUGUUGCCAUGGCCAAAGCCGGUGCUAAUAUUAUAGUGGCACAUAUGGGUCUAACAACAUCCGGAUCUAUUGGCGCAAAAACAGCUCUUUCCUUGGAUGACUGCGUGGUUCGUGUUCAAGCCAUUGCUGAUGCUGCAGUUGGUAUAAAUCCUAAUAUUAUUGUUCUCUGCCAUGGAGGUCCUAUCUCUGGUCCUCGCGAAGCUGAAUUCAUUCUAAAGAGUACCAAGGGGGUUCAUGGGUUUUAUGGUGCAUCUAGCUUGGAGAGGCUGCCAGUUGAGCAAGCUAUAACAAACACUGUCAAGCAGUAUAAAUGCAUUUCCAUAAAGAGAGAUUAACUCCGUUUUGCACUAAAUUUCUUGAUUGUAUCCCUUAUUUCUGUUAAGCUGUGUGUAUUUCCUGUGCAUUUUCACAUGGAAAACCUUUUAUUUGACUUUAUUUCCACGUGCAAUUUUGAACAAAUAAGGAUGACAUAAAUCUUGCAAAACUACUGCUUAUUGCAUUUAGUGCAUCUGUUAUGUGAAA